GCGUGUGCGUGUGCGUGUGUGUGAAGUGGACAUCUUUCCAUUAGAAACUUGGCACUGGCUGAGGCACCAAUUAAUUUUGCAUAAGUUGCCACUGCACCAUUAGAGGCUAAUCCGUUCAUUCGUAGCCACAAGGCAUUGUGUUAGGGUCACGUACAUGACUUGUGCCUCCAGCACUAUGGAUUUAUUUAGUCCUUAGCCUCUAGUUCCUGCAGCUGUGUCCUUUCAAUGACUGCUUUAUGGUGGCCAAGAGAGUUGAGGUCGCCUGCCAGGACUCUGAGAUCUGGAGGAACACAUGGACACAUUAUUCCUCUACUCUGAAGCUAUCCAAUUCCUGUUCCGGUCAGAUGGGGAGAUAGUGGGAGGAUAUCUCUGAAGCAGCCCAGCACUUACUGUUGAUGAUACUACUCAUGCCUGAUAUUACUGCAAAAGAACAGGCAAAUUUAUCCUCCGCGUUCUUCAGUGGAAGGGCUCAAAAAACUAAAUGCCCUUCCGGAUUUCGAAUCUGGUGUCACUGAGUGACUGGCUCUGAACAACUCAGCACAUAGACUGAAUCACUCCCUCAACAACAGAUUAACAUUGGCAAAAGGUCAAGAACUAACCAAACUGGCAAAAGGAUGUCCUAUGGGUCCCUACGGGAUGUUCUUGAGUGUGCAUUCUUAAGAUUCCUGUUGUCAUUCAAAUUAUGGACGACUGGCCAGGCUACGACUUGAAUUUGUUCACGUACCCACAGCACUAUUACGGAGAUUUGGACUAUGUCCUCAUCCCUCAUGGCAUCGUUGUGGACAGAAUUGAACGGCUGGCUAAGGAUAUUAUGAAAGACAUAGGAUACUGUGACAUUAUGGUCCUGUGUGUACUUAAAGGAGGCUACAAGUUCUGUGCAGAUCUGGUAGAACACCUUAAGAACAUCAGUCGAAAUUCCGAUAGAUUUGUCUCUAUGAAGGUUGAUUUCAUCAGACUAAAAAGUUACAGGAAUGACCAGUCCAUGGGCGAGAUGCAGAUAAUCGGAGGUGAUGAUCUCUCAACACUGGCUGGAAAGAAUGUCCUCAUUGUCGAGGAUGUUGUCGGAACCGGGAGGACCAUGAAGGCAUUGCUCGGUAGCAUAGAGAAAUACAAGCCCAACAGGAUUAAGGUAGCCAGUUUGUUGGUGAAGAGAACACCUAGAAGUGAUGGCUUUAGACCUGACUAUGCUGGAUUUGAGAUCCCAGACUUAUUUGUGGUGGGUUAUGCCUUAGAUUACAAUGAAUACUUCAGAGAUCUGAACGAAUAUUCUGGGCACUUGGCAUUCGUAAUCCCAGUGAAUUUCCACCACUGCCCAGCAAGCACAUAUGUGUGAUCAAUGAACACGGCAAAGAAAAGUAUCGAGUCUAAAGAAGUAAUUUUCACCAUCGAAUCUACAGAUAACAUCCUACUGACGACUACACUCAGGAAGCCAGCAUGUAAAGUUUGUCUCCCAGGCAUGUUCACUCAGCAGGAUUUAAAAGGAAAAAAAAAAUUUCAAUGAGCGAGCUUUCUUUUCUGAGAUUAUAACAUAACAUGAAGAGUCCCAAAGGUUCUCAAGGAAAAGAAAGCAAUUCUUUUAUUCGACUUGUUCCAAAUUAAACACUCUGCCUUGCGACUCAAACUGCCUUCACACCCCUGAGAUACACCUUCUUUUGUUCUGAUAAAGUCGUUAUGCUUGAUUACUAUACCGCCACCUAGUUACUCAAAUAUUUUUCACUUAACUUUUUUUUUUUUUUUAAUACUUUACUUUGGUAAUAUUUUGCAAUCUUAAAACCUGGAAGCCUUUUUAUUGAGCCUCUGAGCCCAUGUACUGGAACUGCAAGUAGAUUCCCAUCCUAAUAAAGGAGGGAAAGGACAAUUUAAUAUAAAUUUCUGUUUGCGCACUUCUGACAGGCCAUUAUUAUCUGCUUUGACAAAGUCUUUCUGAACAGCAGCGUACAAUGAAUCUUAAUGAUGUUAUGAAAUGGGCUUCGCCCAGGGCUCUUGAUUGGAGCUUCCGGUAUGUGAUAACGGUAUGUCAUGUAUGCUUGGAUGUACUCAACUGUGUUUAAUACUCUGAAUUUUAAUUAGAAAAAAUACAAUGGCAGCAAGGCCCUCGUUUCUAAGCGGCAUCCUUUUAUUCAUGCAGGACAUGAGAAACAGCAAAUCGGGGGUGGAGGGAGAAGUGUUUUCAGUGCUCAAAACUGAGCAAGUAUAAAUUUUUCAUGUAUUUCCAUCAGAGGGCAAGACACUAUUAUGUAUUAUCCUAAAGAAGAAUACAGAGGUUGAAUUAUGUUUUAAGUGGCCUUAUGAGACUGAUCACGUGACCCAGCGCGCUAUAGAAAACUAGGAUACUUCAAGUUUUUUCUGAAAAAUAUUUUUUUUCCAUUUCCACUGUUUUAUGAGAGGUUUUCUAAUUUAUGGGGAUUUUAAUAGAAAAUAAACUUGAGUGCCAAUAGAGCUGUUUUUUCUCACUUCCUAAAAGGAGCAAAUGCAAUAUAAAUAACUAAGCAGCCUUUGUUUGGUUCUGAACCGUAUGUGGUGUAUUGUUAUCAGGUUCCAGCUUCCUUUAAACUAAUAAAGAAUAAGAAAACUUGUUAUGUCUCAUAA